AUGUUAUUGGCAGUGGAAGGAGGAGGGUUCUUCUCUUCAUCGGCUUCUGGGUAUAGCAAGGGACUGACCCUUCUUCUCUUGGGUCAGAAGAACGAAGAGAAGCCCAUGAGAGUGGCUCCGUGGAAUCAGUACCAGUUGGUGGACCAAGAAACCGAUCCUGAACUCCAGCUGGCUUCUGGAAAGAAAAGGUUCGUCCGCGGGUGCGCCUCCUUUGUGUGCUUUGGUCGCGCUGCCGCUGGACUUGAGAGCCCUUCUCCGCUUAAAGUUGGUCCAACCCAACAACAACAAGGUCUGCCGCAGCCUCCAGUUCCUGAUAAGGGUAGGGAUCAGAGUGAUUCUACUUGCAAUGCAGAUGGUGGUCAUAACAGUGAGAAAUUUACUCUUAAAAGUAGCUUGAAGAAAGCAUCGACUAGUUAUACAGUUGUCAGUGACAGUAGUGAUGAAAGUUUGGCCACAAGCGGGAAGGAUAGUGAUGUUCAUACUGAAACAAGAAAAGUGCAAUGGACAGAUGCAUCAGGAGGGGAGCUUGCUGAGAUACGCGAAUUUGAGCCUAGUGAUGAUGGAUCUGAUGAUGAAUUUGGCAAUGGGAAUGAGAAGACUUGCUCAUGCACAAUAAUAUUCUCUACUGCUAAGCCCACCCUACUUACAAUAAGGAGUUCUCAAGCUGAAGGGCCAAUAAGAAGACCUGUGGCUCCAUCUCCAAGUCCUGUAAAACCCAUCCCACCAUCAUCGCCUUCAUCUCCAACCCCUUCCCCAGCUGCUGCUUCGCCUCCUCCUCCAACACCGAGUGCUCCUCCCAAGCCUGUGGCUGCUUCUGCUGUAGAGGAUAGUAAAAAUGUGAUUACUUUGGAGUUUCAAAGGCAGAAGGCCAAGGAACUUCAAGCAUACUUUAAGCAGAAGAAGCUUGAUGAAGCCAAUCAAGGUCCCUUCUUUGGCUUCAUUGGCAAGAAUGAAAUUUCUAAUGGCAGAUGGGCAAUGUUUGGCUUUGCUGUGGGUAUGUUAACUGAGUAUGCAACUGGCUCCGACUUAGUAGAUCAGGUUAAGAUACUCCUGUCCAAUUUUGGGAUUCUUGAUCUUGAAUGA